AUAUUACCGGAAGUUGGUUUGUUGUUUUGACGUCAUGGGCGGGGUGAAAGCCCACAAUGGCUGACAUAAUCAUGUCAUGCUGUAUGACCGAUACAGACAAACAGCAGAAAAAUAGGAGUAAAAUGAUCGAUAAAGCCCUGGCCAAAGAAAAGAUAACCUUUAGACGAACAAUCAAAAUAUUGCUCCUUGGUGCUGGAGAAAGUGGCAAAAGUACAUUUUUAAAACAAAUGAAAAUUAUUCAUGGACAAGAAUUUGACGAUGAGGCAGUUCGAGAAUUUAGAAGUGUGAUUUAUGGGAAUAUUGUUAAGGGAUUGAGAGUUCUUAUUGAUGCAAGGGAAAAGCUAAGCAUCCCUUGGGGAGACGAAGAAAAUGCUAAACAUGGCACCUUUGUUUUCGGCUGUGAAAACGCAAACAAACUUGAUGAAAUGACAUUUCAAAAAUAUAUUGAACCAAUGUCAGAAUUGUGGAAAGAUUCUGGCAUACAGCAAGCAUAUGACAGAAGGCGUGAAUUUCAGCUGGGUGAUUCGUUGAAGUACUUUGCGGACAACUUGGAAAAAGUAGGUCACCAGGAUUAUAUACCAUCUAAGUUGGACAUUCUACAUGCAAGAAAAGCUACCAAAGGAAUCACAGAACAUACUAUAGACAUAAAUGGUGUUCCAUUUCUUUUUGUUGAUGUAGGGGGUCAAAGGUCACAACGACAAAAAUGGUACUGGUGUUUUGAACAAGUAACCUCCAUUCUAUUUAUAGCAUCUUCAAGUGAGUAUGAUCAAGUGUUACUGGAGGAUAGGAAGACGAAUCGGCUACAAGAGUCAUGUGACAUAUUUGAAACGAUAAUCAACAAUAGAACAUUUGCUAAUGUGUCAAUCAUUUUGUUUUUAAACAAGUUUGACCUUCUCAAGGAAAAAGUGCCCCGUGUUAGCAUAAAAGACUACUUUCCUGACUUCAAAGGAAAUCCACAUAACAUCAAUGACGUACAGGAAUUUGAACUGAGUUUGUAUGACGAGUGUCGUAAGGAACGAGGAAAGCCUCUCUUUCAUCACUUUACAACAGCUAUAGAUACAGAAAACAUCAAGUUUGUCUUUCAAGCAGUGAAAGAUACAAUUCUUCAAGAAAACCUCAGGUCAUUGAUGUUACAGUAGUAGAUAUUACCAUAGUAACGCUCAAUGAGACUAGUCUUUUAUAGGGGAGAACUUGUUGUGAAUUGUUAGUAUUUAAUACUUUUAUUCUGAUAGUUUUAAACUUAUCGCAUACAAUGUGAUGUAGCACUCUGAUGUCAAUGAUAUUGCAGCAACUAAAGAUUACCUCUGGUUAACUGCUCUGAGGCGUUCAUUUGUUUCCUUUUGCUAUACUUCACAGUUUCUUGAUAUAAACAUGAUAAAUAAAUAAAAAGAAGAAUGUUCUUAAUAAUGAAAAAAAAAUUAUUACUUGUAUGCUUACAUUUUAUAAAAUCAGUUAAUAGAUAUGUAUACUGCAGAUAUUUUAAUAUGCAUAUAAAUAUAUUUUAGUUGCUGUAUGAAUUCACGAGUUGACAGUGAUCAUAUGUUAAUUUAUCUUUAAUAAUUUUUUUCAACAUGUUCAAUCUGUUUUUUGUAUGGACUUUACCUUGUGGUCAAUGUAUUGCAAAACUAAGAAUAUUUACUUAACAAUUGAUAUUGAAUACACAUUUUGCUUUUGUUUCCAGCAUUAUACAUCUGUGAUUUUUUUCACCCUUUUUCAUUUUGUUUUUUUCUUCACCAUAUUUCAUUCUGUUUACAACCAUAUGGUUGCUUGCUUUGCCAUAAAGCAGAUGCUCAAGAAUUAUAAAAAAAACAGUCUAUUUCUAUAUCAAUUUUUCAAUUCCAUCAGUAACUUGAAUAGAAUAUAGGAUUUAUACUUUUUUUUUUUUUGAAACAAAAAUUAUGUGCAAAUUCUUUCUUUUGACAAAUGUUUGAAAAGAGAUAAAUGAAUGAAAUCAGCAAAAAUGCUGGAAUGUUUAGGUACAUCAAUUUUAAGUAAACAUUAUGUCAUUGAUUAAAAUGUUAGCACGAUAACAUAUUUGAUAAAAUUAUAUUUUUAUACAAGCAUUAUGUAUAUGUAGCAAAUGCAAGCAGCCAAAAGGUAUGGAAAAUGUAAUAAUAUUAAUAAUGGGAUAAUUUUUCUUACUUUUGGGAUUUGAUCUUUUAUUUUUGCAAAAUAUUAGGUUUUAAAUUUAAUAAAAACAUCAAGGUCUGCAGAAAAUAUAACCUGUGUAAUUGUUAUUCUAUAAAUGAAGAAAAAUCAAACUAUAUCUUGAGUUAAAAAUGUAGUCACUCUGUAUACAUGUAUGCUUUAUUUGAAUCUGAAAUAUUUAUAUAUAAAAAAGAAGAAAUAAAUGAGAAGAAAUAAUAACUUUAGUAGCAUUUAAUAAAAUUUAGAGACAAGAUAGUAAAAACAAUCAUAAUUCAAAUAACACAUAUGAAGCCCACCGAUACUUAAAGAUCAGAGUAAAGGUCAAAAGUGAAUGUUUGCUCAUACAAUAGGUAGGUUGUAGAUGCUAGCAGCUGAAUUAAAUGCUGGAUAUAAUAUGCUGAAAGACUGAGUCAUAUUUUGUCCAUAGGCUUUUUGCCACUUAAAAUCACUUAUGACCAGUAACUUUAUGAAACUUUUUUUUAUAAUUAGAAGUUUUUUGAUAAAAGUCAUCUAUUUUGAAUGUUCUCAAUAGUAAAUUUUAAAACAAUUGUAAUUUUUUAAGACAGAUGUAUAUAAAUUAGGGCUUUAUUUAAUUUGCAUUACAUAGUCAUUUUACCUGUUUGGUUUUUACAUGUAAAUGUCAUAAUAAAAUGUUUAGCAGUAACCAUAGGAAUUUGAUUUUAAGUCCCCCUUUGUCCUAGCCCUAUGAGCCAUGUGAUCUAUUAACAUCCAAUGGGGUGUGCUGUUGUCAUCCUCUGUUGUUGUAAACAGUUUCUCCUCUGAAACCACAUUUUUACAAGUGAGCCUCUCUUGUUGUGAUUACAUCUCAAAUUUCUCAACUUGUUCAGUCCCUCUCUUUUUUAAAGCCAAAAACAGCGUUCAUGUUUGACCUCCUACAGUCAAACAUACAAUGUUUUCUUAUGAAUACUACCAACUGAAUUAAACAAAAAGAAAGAUGAAGGUUCUUUUAUUGAUACAUGUAUUUAGUGUUGAAUAUAUAGUGGUAUAAUUGAUCCAUGUGAACAGUAAAUGAUACAAGUACAUUUGGCUUCUUCUUUUUUUUAAAUACCAUUGAUGAACAUAUUUGUAAGACAAAAAUGAUUAAGAUGAAGAACAAAUACAGAUAAUAAAACAUGCUGAUGAUUAUUGUAUUUUAGUAGUGUACAGUUUGUAAAAUCAUUUAACAUCGUUUACAUAAUUUGUAUGAAACAUUUGUUAUGUGCAUAAUUUUUCUGAUUAACACAAGAGUGCAAUGAAACAAAUUUCUAGUUGUUGAAUGUUAAUCAUUAAUCAUGUGAGAUUGUGUUUGUGUACGUGUGUGUCUUGUUUGUGUAAGUCUGUGUUUUGUUUGUGUAUUUUUUGUUGUUCAUUUUUAAAGUAGAACCAAUCAGUAUCGUUGUCAAGCCUGCAAUCAACCUUGCAGAGUAUGAUUCCAAGAAAUGACAAUUGAACAGUGGCAACGGGGUCAACGAUUUGUAAAGAGCUUUAUAUUUUAUAAGGCUGAAGACCGUGAUACUUCAUACAUGGAACAUGUAGUAAACAGCUGCCUUAUUUUGUGAAAUUUCACUAUGGCAUAUAUUUGUUAUCCCAGACCUCAUUUUCAUGGUUCAGUGACUGCUUUCAAAAUGUAGUUUUUUUUAAUCACAUAAUAUUUUUAAUUAUAUGUAAUAGGAUAACUGCAUUUGCUAUAUAUGUCUAUCAGACAGGGUUCACCUGACCUAUUUCAAUAAUCAAGAAGCAACAUAAGUUUAAUGGUUCAACCUGUUUAUCAGAUAUUAAAAGCAAUAUGUCAUCUAUACUUGUUAAUGGAAUGAUUGUUAGGUGUAAAUGUUCUUCUGGCAUGCCUCAUCUGGCCUUGACCCCAUUUUUGUUUUUCAUUAAUGAUGUUCAGUUUAUCUGAUACCUAAAGUUAAACAUUUUUUUUUAUUUAAACAUCUCUUGACAAUUGGUUUUUACUAAAAUUAUAUUUUAAAAUGAGUCAUAUAUUUUUUAGUUGUAAAAGUUUCAUCUUUCUAGACCACUCAGUUGCAAUUUUUUUUUAAAGAUUAUGAUUCUUGUUUGAAGAGUGUAGUUUCAUAUAUAAAAUAACCCUUAUGUUCAGUCCAACACCAUAGUUUAAAGGAUGAACUAAGAAUUCUAAGAAACUGCUUAAUAAAAUAGGAUAAAAAAGUCAUAAAUCUCACUUUGUUUUACAAAACUCUGUUGUUCUCAAGAGGUACUAAGAAAUAAAGUAUGUACUUUAAAAAUUUGAAGAUAGUCACAAGUCUUACAAGUGUACAGAUGAAUUAAAUGCUUAAAAAUUCAUGAUUAAAUUGAAGAAACUAUUUUUAAUGUUUAAUCUUACCCCUUCAUUUCAAAAAGGAGAUAGGAAAAGUAAGAAAAGUACCAAAUAAUUGGAUUAGAUCAAUAUGGAACUAAGGGUAGGUGGAGGCAGUAUUGAAUAAGUCACUGCAGAAAUUCUGUCAAUAAAACAUUUUUUUUUUAAUAAUAAAUUAUUUCAUCUGUGAAGGAAACCUUGAACCUUACAUUAUAUUAUGUUCAUAUUGAAUAUGGUAAAGGACUUGUAUGUUUGUGCAACAAACUUACCUGGUAUGUACAGAUAUUUCAAUUCAAGACUAUUUAAAAAAAAAUUGAUACACCUUCAACAGUCUUCUUACUUUCUAAUACAUUUGGAUUUUACUUAAUUGUUAAGAAGUUUGAAAUAGAAAAAAAACUUUGUAUAUAACUUUUUAAUUUGUUUUCCUAUUCAAAAUAUUAAAACGAUUAAACUUCCUCUGUUUUAACCUUGUGAACUUGUUUGUGUAUAAGUGUACUGAUAGAGAGAUUUUAACGGCCUACUCAUGGGUCUGUAUUUGCUCAUGUUGGUAGCUGUUUCAUCAUGGAUAGAGAGAUUUAAACGGCCUACUCAUGGGUCUGUAUAUGCUCAUGUUGGUAGCUGUUUCAUCAUAAAUCAAAAUAUCUAUUGUUUGUUAUCAUUUAUAUAUUUUAAUGAGCCUUACAUAUUGUAUAGUAAUUAUGUAUAUAGUUGUGUUUAUAACCUUUAAUUGUAGCUGAAAUACCAUUGAAAACACCUUUCAUUUCUUCCUCAUGAGUUCUUUAAACUAUAAACAUAUUCAAAUUCUGGUUCCUUCUGAUAAAAUCUGAUUAUAAAGGAAAUAUUUCUUACAAAUAAAUUCAUUAUUAUUUAUAUACUUCUUUUUUUUUUCUUUUUAAACAUUUUGAUAUUUUUAAUGAACUUUCUUUUAUGUAGCAUUAGUUUAGAAAAAAAUACCAACAUUUAGUUGAAUAUUUAUUUAUUGGUUAAGGGAUCAUGUAGUAGAAAGAGUGUUAUUUAUUACCCAUAUUUAAAGUGUAUCAUUUUCAGCCUUCAUCUUAAACAAGUGCCAUGUAUUACUCCAGUACUGCAGGGAAAAUAUAGUAAAAUAUAAAGCUCACUUAAUCACCUAAAUACCUUUUCUCAUGGCAUCCUUUUGUUCAUUGGAUAAAUUUUCUUAAUAUCAUUUUAAACCUCUGAAACUUAGUUGUGAUCUGAACUUUACUCACAAUUGCCUUAACUGUUAAAGAGUUAAGUUGUAAAAUUGAAAUUAGGGAUACAAUGGAUAGUUUAAUAUAUCGGUCUUAUAAAGUAUAAGCAGAAAUUGGAAUAAAACUGACUAAAUAUUUUGUAUUAAGUUUCUAAUUUUCACAAAUGCCUUGGUAGGAAUUAAGCAGUGAUGGAUUUUAGAUGAAUGUGUAUGAUCAUCUUUUGAAAUUAUGAUAAAUUCUAGGACUUGUAUGAAAAUAACUUUUCUAAAAUGGAAUACUGCAUUUAAAUAAAUGAUAAAAAAUGACAUUGUAUAUGAUGUGUGUUAUUUCGUAAAUGCCCCCUCCCUUGAUAAGUGGUUUAAGCAGGGUUUGAUGAAAACUGUUGAAAUUUUGCUUUGUUAUGAUUUAAAAAAAAGUAGACUGUUGUUUAAGACACGCUUAGCUUUCAACUGUUUCGGAUUAAGCAUAAUUGAUGAAAGGCGAUCCUGAAAAGCACUUUAGACGCACAAAACGUAAUAUUUUCUAUAUCCAUUUGUUUCUGAUUUGUUGAGAUGCUUAGAUUUUAUCGGCUAGAUUUGAAUGAUUCACAUAACAAAUGAUCUUCAUUUUAUUUCAUAAUCUGCAGUCAUCAAAUAUAUGCUCCUUACUAAAGGUCUUGUUUAUAUUUAGGCCAUAAACAUGGUGUAGUUCUUAGUUAAAAUACUAUUUGUGCAAACUUGUCCUUUUUGAUAAUCUAUGCUAUGGUAAAUGAUAUUUUUGUUGAAUGUUCAUUCAGUAUAUAAUCAAGGUUUUUAUUUAGUUUCCUGAAAAUUAGCAUACAGAGAUUGUCAUACAAAAACAUGUAACAUCUAGUUAUGAAAUUAAUACAUGAUUCUAAAUGAUGAUGACUGUUAAUAUUUUCAUUAAAAAAAAUAAAAGCCAUUAUUGAUUUAGUUACUGUCUGCAGGUUUUUUUAUGUUGACUAAAGUUGAGGGGGUUCUCUCUAAAAAGUUUAGACAGAAUCAUUAUUAAAUCAAAAACUGAAGUAAAUGGUAAACUUCAAAGAUUACAUUCAAAGGGAUUACCUAUUUGCCCUGGUCUGUUGAUCAGAUGGACAAUGGUAUCUCAGAUUAAAAUAGUCAUACUGCCCUGCGUUUAGGAUACAGUAACCUCACUUGUGCAAUACAGUAUAAAUUGUAACUCGCAGUAUAAAACCUUUUUAAGCAUAUUCAUCUGUUUGUUAUUUCAGAUUCUUAAGACAAUAAGUAGAGCCAUUUUGUCCAUUUAUUUACCAACAGUUGUUUACUUUUGGUCAAUACUUUGUCAUUGAUAAUCAUACCACAUAAUUUAUUAAAAGAUAUUAGCUAAUAACAAACUUCCCUUGUUAAAUGUUAAAAUUGAUAAAUUACAGUCAAAUAGUUUCUGUUGUCAAAUCAUUCUGGUUUUACUUAAGCGUCCCCUUUUAACCUGUUCUGGGUAAGUGCACUUCAAUAGAGCCAGGUAGUUGGCAUGUAUGUGUCAUUAUGUACCUUUUUUAAUGCUAUAUGAUAGUUAAAUCCGUCAACUUGAAAUGAUGAAAUAAACGCAAAUUUAUAUAUACCCCCUACAGCUCAUCUGAGUUAUUUUUAUGAAUAUUUAUCCAACUCCAUAAGUUUUUGUAUUUCUUCAGAUAAAUUCAAGGCAUGUGCAUCUUCAAAGUAUAAUGUCUUGCUUACUGAUUUUGAUCAAUACCUUAGAUUAGAUAACUACAUGUAUAGGAGACAAAGGGACCAAGAUGCAGAUUUUAGAUGCAAAAAAAUGGGAUUUUAAAAUAAAGUGACUUUUGAAAUUUCUUUUAUUUCUAUUUACAGCAAAUAAUGCUUACAAAAUAAGGACCAGUUGUAAUGAAUACCUUCAUAGCCCAUCAUUCCAUAACUCUUUAUUGCUGUAGGUUUCCAUUUAUGGAUAUAAUUUUAUUUUGUGUAAUUUUUAAUUUGAAUUACCUCCCUUUAUACAUAACUCUGUUGAAUGUCUGUGAAGACUAGUAACUGAAGUGAUUUUUGUAUAAAAUUUUGACUAUCCAUUCAGCAUUUUAUUCAGAAUCAUAUAAAAUAUUACAAUGAAUUCUUUUCAUUUAAUCCUCAUAUUUUAAUAUUUAUUUUAUUAUUUUAUGCUAACGAAUUAUCUCUGUUGUGUAUAUCUAUUAUGAUGCUUUAUAGAUGCCUUUGUACAAAAUAUUUUUUCCAUUCACACAGACCAGACUAGAUAUGAAAUAAACUUCUCAUGCUCUUUAAACAAAGAUCUGAAAGAAAGUUGUCAAAAUGAAUAAUUUGUCUUAUCCACUAAAUGCCAAAAUGAAAAGUACAAUGAAUUUCAGAGAAAUAAAAGUAUUAGCAGAUAAAUUAAUAGAAUAUUAAAUAUCAUAAGGUCCUGGGAAGUUGUGUUAUUUUAUUUGGUCCAAGAAAUUUGCUGAGAGAAGACUUAAUGUAUUUGUGUAUACUGCAGAUAAUUAGAUAUUAUAAUUUGAUUUGCAGAUAUUAUUAAAUGUAUUCCCUGAAUUGUUAACUGAAGGUUGUACACUGCUGGAAUCCUAUAUUGUCAUCAAAAUAAACUGUUUUGUAAACAA